AUGCUGAGGCGAAGCGGUUGGACCCAAAGGGCCAAUUUGGCUUCUUUUAUGCCGUACAGACCGAUACCAUCUAAUCCUGUCGUUUUUUUUGACAUAACUGUUGAGGGUGAAUCCUUAGGUCGUGUCUUCUUAGAACUUUUUAGGGAUGUUGUUCCCCAAACGACUGAGAACUUCCGUUCUUUAUGCACUGGAGAACGUGGACGAAGUGUGUGCCCAUUAUACUACAAGGGAAUCCCCUUUCACAGAAUCAUUCCUGGAUUCAUAGUACAAGGUGGAGAUAUUUUUACCAAGGAUGGCAGAAGUAAUGUAAGCGUUUUCGGUUAUCCAUUUCCAGACGAAGGCUUUUCCGAAAAAGCAGGAAAACACUUCCCAGGGACUGUAGCUAUGGCUCACAGUGGGCCUAACCAAAAUGGAUCGCAAUUUUUUUUUAAUCUUUCUCAUAAUAAGCACUUGGAUGGUAAGUUUGUUGUUGUUGGGCAGCUGAUAGACGGUUGGGAGCUUAUAAAUGAGGUUAGCAAAAGCUGUGGUUCGCGCUGUGGAACACCAGUGAGCCGCGCGUGGAUCUCUGAAUGUGGUCAAAGUGGUGGAUACCUAGCCGAAGAGACGAAAGAGGCCCUAGAAGGUGAGCGUUUGCUCCAUGAUAUGCCUGGGAAAGAAGUUCUCGACCUUAUUCGGCCACGCUACUAG